GUUACAAGUACAUGGAGCUGCUACAUAAUAAGCGUCGUCUGUCGUCUCCCUCUUCGGCUGUGGCCGACCUUGCUCUCGCUUCUCCCUCGUCUUCUUCCUCGUCUUCUUCCUCUUCCUCUUCCUCUAUCUCUACCUCACUCUCUUGCCCCCGCUCUGUUUACACAUAACAAAAUUCACAACCAUCCACCGAAUCCCGCAGCCAUGGGUGGCAUCGCU